UUGUUUUUUAAAUCACGAAUACCUUACUGGAAAACAUAAACAUUUGAACAUCAUAUAAGUUUAUUCGGCUGGAUAUCUUGAAGGUUAUAAAUCUUCUUGAGCUACGUCACAGGAGAUUUUUCUAGCAACGAAGCAAUUUGUGCAUUUUGCUGCGCAAAGAAUGCCUCAUCUCGUCUUGUUUUUGUGCAUCACUACCGCUUCAGGUUUUUCUCUGUUUAACUUGCAAACAUCGUUUGUGGAAUUUGAGCCUUUACACGCAAACGCAGAUGGUGUGAUCUUAGUUGGUUUUCGUUUUAAAACGUAUGUCAAUGCUGGUCUCUUGUUUUAUGUUGAUGAUAUGGGAGAAGGAAACUAUCUUACAUUUUACAUCAAUCGAAAGCUUCUUGUUUUUGAAAUGCGGGAGAAAACUGGCAAAACAUUGAAAAUUACAUCGACAUAUGAUGUCAACGAUUUACGCUGGCAUAAAAUUGAUUUAAAAAUAAGUAAGCAACAUGUAAUGUUCAAACUCAAUAAUGAAGUGCAAGCAGUUUUUAACAUUACAAACUCAAUGAAAUUGAAAAGCGCUACCUAUUUUGGUGGCAUUUCAAAUCAUGUUGGUUUAUUUUCAUUAUCUCACGAUGAAAUAAAGUUUAAGGCUCGAUUCUUGGGAUGCAUUGAGGACUUGUAUCUAUAUGAUGUUGGUAGAAACUCCACAGACAUCAGUUCUCCCAAGGUGUUAAGCUCGUCUGCGAUGGAUAACGAAUGCAAAGACGCAUGUAAGCUGAACAAUUCAUGUCAAAAUAACGGUGUUUGUGUGAACAGGUUUGCCAUGUCUGAUUGUCUCUGUGAAUCUACUGGUUACUAUGGAAAGUUCUGUGAAAAAGAAUUACCUGUUGUUGGACUCACUCCGGAGCAAGGUGUUAUCUUUGACAUAUUGUCGUCAAAUAUUAAGACUGCUUUAGAAAGAACAGACUUUUUCAUUCGUGUUCGUUCGAGCCAACGUAACGGUGAGAUAUUUUCUACGGCUCAUAAAGGAGACUAUCUACGUCUCGAAUUUUACAACGGUAGAAUUGCUGUAACAGUGAACUUAGGUUCCGGUAGUGUAACAAUUGUAACCAAUAAGAACUUUUAUAACGACAACCAAUGGCAUAACGUGAGAUUGGAACGUGCCAGGCGAAUGGUUAAUCUCACUGUCGAUGAUUCUGAUAGGGCGAGUGGGAAAACCGAAGGUUCUUUUGACAAAUUUCAUCUACCAUCUGAAAAAACAUCUUUCACUCUUGGCGGUAGGAAAAAUUUUAAUAAUUUUGAAGGUUGUUUACAGGAAUUUGUCUUCAAUGGUUAUCAUGUAAUACUUAAUUACAACAAGAGUUCUGAUGGAAUAUCAGCCAGAGGAAAGUUUUUAAAAUCAUGUCCAUUUCCAAAAAAAGCUUCAACCAAUGACACAAGACUCUUCUUGCGUAACACUCCAUUCAUCACAAAAACCUUUUCACCAACAAUUGUGACCAAUGAAACACUUUUAGCUUCGAAGUUGCUUUCAGUGACGUCACCAUUGGUUAGGACACAUGUGACGUCAAUAACUGAUGUUCCCUUGGAAAGCUCGGAUUAUCACGCAGAUGCUAUUGACCAGUUACAAACAAUCUUGGCAUCAACAAGUAAACCAAUCCCUGUCUUGGCCUACAUGUUUUAUGAAUCUAGUCCAAGUUCGGGAAUAAACGAUCAAAAUAUAAACAUUUUCCUUUCAACUGUUAAACGUAAUACAAAGGGCGUGAUGUUGCAGAAAAGCGUUGAAGUGUUAACAAUUUCCUCCAAUGAACGUAAAGAAGGCGAUCUUACAAUUCAUUACAUCAUUUGUGCGCUUGUUGUUCUCCUUGCGUUGGUUGUUGCUAGUUUGAUUAUACUGAGAGCAAGAAAGUUAAGCAAGAGAAAAUAUGCUUUAAGACGCCAGAGUUCCACUCAAGAUUACUGGGCUGACACGGGAACAUUACAACAAAAAACAAGCUUAUAGUGUAAUAUGGUCUGUACGUAUCUUUACUGCAUAUUUUAUUAAUAUAGCACUGGGAUUUCACUAUUUCUGUGACUUAAAUUCGAUUUUUAAAUCCUAAUGGUUGAGGUAAGGUGAAGAAUAAAAAUUUAUUAGAGUAA